UACGCCUUUCGCCCAGAAAUAUCAAAGUCGGAGGACGCAUCGCCGCCAUAUAAGUUUUAAGUGCUAGCUUACGGAAAUUAAAAUGGAUCCAGCCUUGCUUAGAGAACGUGAAGCUUUCAAAAAGAAAGCGCUCGCGACGCCCAGUAUAGAAAAGAAGAAGAAAGAUGACUCUCAAUUUAAAGAUGACAACAAGAAGAAAUCCAAGUCCAUCAGCUCUACCAGUUCAGCACCCAAACUUGAUGCCUCCACUUAUAAAACAAUGUCAGGUAGCUCUUCAUACCGGUUUGGUGUCCUAGCUCGUAUUGUACGACACAUGAGGGCACGACAUCAGGAUGGCGAUGACCAUCCACUCACUAUUGACGAGAUGCUGGAUGAGACCAAUCAGCUUGAUGUUGGGAAUAAAGUUAAACAAUGGCUACAAACAGAGGCAUUACAGAGCAAUCCUAAAAUAGAAUGUACUCCAGAUGGAAAAUAUAUAUUUAAGCCUGUAUAUAAAAUUAAGGAUAGGAAAUCUUUGCUCAGAUUAUUAAAACAACAAGAUCUCAAAGGACUAGGAGGGAUCCUUCUAGAAGAUGUACAGGAAUCUCUACCUCACUGUGAGAAGGCACUAAAAAAUUUGGCUCAAGAGAUUCUGUACAUUACCAGGCCUACAGAUAAGAAGAAAAUAUUAUUUUACAAUGAUAAAACUGCCACAUUAGAUGUCGAUGAAGAAUUCGUGAAACUAUGGCGAGCGACAGCAGUGGACGCGAUGGAUGACGCCAAAAUCGAGGAAUAUCUAGAGAAGCAAGGCAUUAAAUCUAUGCAGGACCAUGGCCCUAGGAAGCCGAUAGUGCCUAAGCGAAAGAAAGUAUCACAAAAGAGACGUCAGUUCAAGAAGCCCAGAGACAAUGAACAUUUGGCCGAUGUGCUCGAGACUUAUGAAGAUAACACGUUGACUCAGAAGGGAGUGGCCAUCAAAUAAAGAGUUGUAAACUAAUCAAAAUUUGUAUAUUAUUUAAACUAUUGAUUGUAAACACAAAGUUAAAUGGCGGACAAACAGUGUUGGGGACUUCA